CCAAUCAUUAAUGUGUUUUCAUCGAUUUACAGCUCAAUCAUAUAUUUUUUUUAUCCCAAAAAAUUUGGGAAAAAUCAAAUUGAACAUUGAAAAUACAUAACUAUUGACAACAAAUGUUUGGUAUCCCAUCUACCUCCCUCCAUAAAAAACAUGCUUGACCCUUAUUAUAAAUAGAUACACAAAAGAAGUCUUAUCACAACCCAACUCAAACCCAGAUCAUAGCAACGGCAAUGGCUAAAACCAAUUUCCACAUAGUCAUGUUCCCUUGGUUAGCCAUAGGCCACAUGACUCCAUUCCUUCACCUAUCCAACAAACUAGCUGAAAGAGGCCACAGAAUCUCUUUCUUACUACCCAACAAAGCAAUCCAACAACUCCAACACUUCAAUCACUACCCAAAUCUCAUCACAUUCCACUCCCUAACCAUCCCACAUGUGGAUGGUCUCCCAAUAGGCACAGAGACUGCCUCUGAUAUCCCACUUUCUUUGAAUGACUUGCUCUCCAUUGCCUUCGAUCGAACCCGGCCUCAAUUCGAAGAAACGGUGAAUACCACAAGGCCAGAUUUUGUAUUCUACGAUAGUGCUCAUUGGAUCCCAGAAGUUACCAAGCAAUUAGGAAUCAAGACAAUCAAUUAUAAUGUUGUUUGUGCAGCAUCAAUAGCGAUUGCAUUAGUACCUGCUCGCAAUGUUGUCAAGGGAAGGUUGAUGAGUGAGGCUGAAUUGGCAGAGCUGCCGGUUGGAUACCCUUCAAGCAACAUUGUCCUCCACGGCAAGGAAUGGAAUGCAUUGACAUUCAUAUCGUUUCCAUUUGGAGAAAAUAUCACAUUUUAUGAUAGAAUCACGACUGCCAUUAAAGGAUGUGAUGCAAUAGCUAUAAGGACUUGUUCUGAAAUUGAAGGAAAUAUGUGUGAUUACAUUGGCAAUCAGUAUGGUAAACCUGUUUUUUUAACCGGACCAGUUUUGCCAGAACCAGCUGAGGAGAAGCUCGAUGAGAAGUGGGAGGACUGCCUAUCUGGGUUUGAACAGGGUUCAGUUCUGUUUUGUGCAUUUGGGAGUCAAUACAUUCUUGAAAAGGACCAGUUUCAGGAACUGGUUUUAGGGUUUGAGUUAUCCGGAUUGCCAUUUCUGAUAGCAUUGAAGCCACCAAUGGGGGUUUCAACGAUUGAACAGGCAUUACCGGAGGGUUUUGAGGAGAGGGUCAAGGGGAGAGGAGUAGUUUGGGGGGGAUGGGUUCAACAGCCAUUGAUUCUGGCUCACAAAUCAGUUGGGUGUUUUGUGAACCAUUGUGGGUUUGGUUCAAUGUGGGAGUCUUUAAUGAGUAAUUGUCAAAUUGUGCUUAUACCACAUCUGGGUGACCAGAUUUUGAACACUAGGAUAAUGGCAGGAGAGCUGAAGGUAGCUGUGGAGGUGGAGAGAGAAGAAAAUGGAUGGUUCACAAAGGAAAGUGUGUGCCAAGCAAUUAAGUCUGUGAUGGACAAAGAUAGUGAAGUGGGUGCAUUGGUGAAGAAGAACCAUGAAAAGUGGAGUGAAAAACUUGUAACACCAGGUUUAAUGAGUGGUUACAUUGACAAGUUUGUUGAAAACAUGAAAGAGCUUGUAAGGUAGUUCUUUUGUUGUUUGGGAGCUGGGAAAAUAAGAUUCUUGGUGAUGUCUGUGGGUUCUCUCAGUUUGUUUUUUCUGGCAUUAAGUUUUCUGUUGUAUGUGUUAUCUGUUUGUAAUCUUUUGCAUUUCUUCCUUUCAGAAUCAUGUGGGUUACAUGAUUCCAUGAAAUCAUGUACGUCUAUUUCUAUAUUUGUGUUGCUGAGACAAAACAAUACUUGAGAUUCUUAGCAUAUUCAUUGAGAAAGACAAAAAAAAACCAACUAAACAUGGGAUCACCACAAGU